AUGCUCGAAACUUCUAGCGCGAAGGAGAAUGUCAAUCGGCGAAUUAUGAUUGAUCUCCAACGCAGGCUUGCAUUGAUCGAAGAUGAUAUUAAAGUUGCAAAGAAAACUCGUGAAAAUUUGAGAAAUGAUAACGAAAAAAUCGAAGAACAAAUAGAUCAGAAUUUAUUUCGCUUAGAGGAACUUAAAUCUCAAAAGCCAGAAGUCAAUGCAGUAUCGAAUCCAGAAGAAAUAACAGAAGAAGAAAAGAAGACAACAUUUUUCGGAAAUCUUGCUCAACUAGAAGCAUUCGAAGCAAAUACAAGUGCACAAAUAGAAGAAUUGAAGAAACAAUAUAGUCAAUGCACUCAUGAAUAUACAAUUCAAAUUCAGCGUCAAAAAGUUUUAGAGUCUAAGCUUUUAAAUGCUCAAGAACGAUUGAACCUCCAAAAAGAGCAACACAGUAAUGCAAAAUCAGAAUAUGCAGUUACACAGCAAGAAAACUUGAGAUUAUCAGAUCAAGCUUACAAUCUUAAUGAUACACUCAGUUACUUGAAAGAAGUCCUUGAAAAUAAGCAAACUGAACUAGAUUCAUACUCAAGCCAGCUAGAUGACCAUCUUUCUGGUCAGAAAAAACCAUUACUUGAAGAAAGAGAAGAACUGUUAAAAGAUCUCGAAUUUAUCCAAGGAAGACUUAAAAAGCUUCAGGAACAACAUGAAAAGAACGUUGUAAUUCAAGAAAAUGAGGUAAAACAAGCUGAUAAUAUUAAUACAUGGAUAUUUAGAAGGAAACAACUGCUAGAACAGAUCAAAAAGAAAAGAACUAAUAUGUCUAGAAACCAAACAUCUUUGAAGCGUGCUCAAUUGAUGAAUACCGAAAUCAGAUCUAAAUUUACUGCAAUGUUUGGAAGAUCUGAUCCAGGAGAUGGAACUGGUGCUUUCUCUAAGUUGAUGGUUCAAAGUGAAAUAGAUUCUAUUGAAGAAAGUAAUAAAGUUUACAUAGAAAUUAAUGCAGAAGAAAAUUAUAAUCAACAGCUCAAAAAAGACUUGCAACAAAUCGAGAAUUCUCUCAAAGAGUUCGAUAAGUUCAGCCAAAACACUCUGUCAGAGUUGGGGUGUGAAAUCGAAGCCUGCAAGAAUGAAGCAUACUUGAAUCUUCUCAAAGACGAGAAAACCGCCAUUAUUACUUCUAAUUGUUUGAAUUUUUGA